AUGUUUCUACAUACAGUAGGACACAAUGUUAAAAAUCGCGUCAUUGCACACAAGUUUGGACAUUCUGGUGAGACUGUCAGUAGGUACUUUAACAUUGUAUUGGGAGCAAUCAUUAAAUUGUACCACGAGGUACUAUUGAAACCUCGUGUCGCAGUGCAUCAUCGGAUAACAAAUAAUGAAGGAGUGGAGAAAUUUUACACCAACUAUAAAAAGGAAUUGCAUCGGAGCCAUAUCGAUGGGUCUCAUAUCCCUGCGUGGGUGCAUUUAAGCGACCAUCCGAGGUUCCGUGAUAGGAAGGGUGAUAUUUCCCAGAAUAUUCUUGCUGACUGUGACUUUGACAUGAAAUAUACUUACAUUCUUUCUGGUUGGGAAGGAUCAGCAUCAGAUGCUCGAAUCUUAGACAAUGCAUUACAUAGAGACGGCGACGGAAAAUUGGUGCUGCCACGAGGUAAAUAUUAUCUCGUUGAUGCUGGUUUUGAUGUGAUGGAACCAACAGGAGAUUCUAAUAGUAGGUCACGGGACAUCGCUUCAUGGCCUAGCGCCGUUUCUCAUUAUAUGUUGGAGUGUGUAUUGAAGCAGUACAAGAGUGGUAAGGGUGGAGAUAAUGGACUGAAAAAUGAGCAGUUCAUUGAAAUUGCCAACCAACUGAAGGAGAAAUUAUUUACUAGUUACGACUAUGAACAAGUGAGAAACCACUUCCGGAUUUGGAAGCAAAGGCUUAGAGCAUUGAGUGACCUACAGAAGCAAAGUGGAUUGGGUUGGAAUGCAUCUGAUAUGAGAUUUGAUGCUCCUCAACACUUCUGGAAUGAUUAUAGGAAAAAAGAACAAAAGUAUUGGAAGGAACAUAGUUUGCUCCCAAUUCACCUUGAAGUUGGAGCUUUGCUAAGGAAAGAGAUGGCAACUGGGAAUGAUUCAACAGUCCCCUCUGAAGCUGCCACUGAAGUUAUGAUGGACGUGACAGGUACUCAUGUUGAGGGAAUAGGGAACAGUGAUGGUGUUGACUAUAAACAUAUUGAAGAAGAAGAAAGUGUUCCUUCCACUCCCAUUGGUAGUACCAGCCGUUCGCGAGGAAGACCUCGUGGGCCCGUCAAUAGUGGCAGAGAAAAGAGGAAGAAGGGUGUAGCUGAAAAGGUGGUAAGUCCAUUGAAACAGAUUGCUAACUCAAUCGAGAAGAUGGUAAUGAGUGAAUCUCAGUCUGAAUUUGGGAGAGCCAUUAUAGAUGAUGUUGAUGCCAUUCCAGACCUCAAUUUUCAACAAAAGUUUAAGGCCAAGGAAUAUUUCAAGGCCAAGCAGAAUUCUGCCAUUAUCUUCUUGGGAACAAAAGUAGAAGAUAGGCGAAAUCUGCUUGAGAUGUACUUGCCAGAGAUUGAGAAGAAUUGAGGUGAUAAAAGUAAGUGUUUGGAUG